AGAUCAUUGAAAUGGGCGGAGUCUAGCGCUGUAAGCAAGAUGGCCGCCUUCACUGAAAGGAUGGCGCCUGUCCUAGCAUUUAUACUGGUUCUCUGUCUUGGGGAGACAUGGGCUGUGGACAGGGGCAACUUUAAAACCUGUGACCAGAGUGCCUUCUGCAAGCGCCAGCGUGCAUUGAAGCCAGGGGAAUCUCCUUAUCGAGCCCUGCUAGAGACGAUGGAGCUGACUAACACUAGACUAACACUUCAGCUCAUCAAUGAUAACAAUAAGGUGCGUCUGUUGCUUGAGCUCUACCGUCUCCAGGGAAACAUGACAAGGGUGAAGAUUAAUGAGCUGAAGCCUCUGAAGCCGCGCUAUGAGGUCCCAGAUGUCCUCAUCAAGGAGCCACCCACUGAGCCUCUGGCACUUUUAUCCCAAGAUGAGAAUGGGGUGGUACUGUCCCUGGGUGCAGAGUCCCAGAGGGUUAUUGUUAGCGCACGUCCCUUUCGUUUGGAUAUCAUGGAGGGGCAUGACGUGCUGAUGUCACUGAACUCGCGUGGACUCUUGGCUUUUGAGCACUUGAGGAUGCGCAAGGACACUUUCUCCUAUAAAGUAACUAGCACAGUGGCUAGUGUGUGGGAUAAUGUCAAGAGGGUUUUCUCUAGUCAAGCAGAGCCAGAUGCAGAGAAGAAAGAAGAUGUUGAUCCCGCUAACCAGCCUGAGGCAUCAAAAGAAGAGGAUGAGAAAAUAGAAGAAGGCAUGUGGGAAGAAACGUUCAAGUCUCACUCAGACACCAAACCAAAUGGUCCUUCAGCUAUAAGUUUAGACUUUUCUUUGCCUGGAGUGGAACAUGUGUAUGGCAUCCCCGAACAUGCAGAUACUCUUAAACUUAAAACAACUGAAAAUGGAGAUCCAUAUCGGCUGUAUAACUUGGAUGUGUUCCAGUAUGAACUUUAUAAUCCUAUGGCUCUUUAUGGAGCGGUCCCAGUUAUGUUGGCCCACAACACACAGCGGACGACUGGUAUUUUCUGGCUGAAUGCUGCAGAGACGUGGGUGGAUAUCAGCUCUAACACAGCUGGAAAAACUGUUUUUGGAAAGAUGCUAGAUUAUGUGCAGGGAUCAAGUGAGAAGCCACAAACUGAUGUCCGUUGGAUCUCUGAAAGUGGCAUUAUUGACGUAUUCAUAAUGCUUGGACCAACACCUAAAGACGUGUUUUCACAAUAUGCCUCACUCACAGGCACACAGUCUUUUCCACCUUUUGCUGCUCUGGGCUACCACCAGUGUCGAUGGAACUAUAAUGAUCAGGAGGAUGUAAAGAAUGUUGAUGCUGGCUUUGACGAACAUGACAUCCCCUAUGACUUUAUUUGGCUUGAUAUUGAGCACACUGAUGGAAAGCGCUACUUCACCUGGGAUCCUCACAAGUUUGCCAGUCCUAAGGAGAUGCUGCAGGGUAUCAAGGAGAAGAAACGCAAGAUGGUGGCCAUUGUUGACCCACAUAUCAAAGUUGACAGCAAUUACAAGAUCCAUAACGAAAUCCGGUCAAAAGGUUUUUAUGUUAAGAACAAGGAUGGUGGAGACUAUGAGGGCUGGUGCUGGCCAGGUAGUGCUGGUUAUCCAGAUUUCACCCGUGCAGACAUGAGGGCUUGGUGGGCCAGCAUGUUUGCCUAUGAUCAAUAUGAAGGUAGUAUGGAAAACUUGUACACAUGGAAUGACAUGAAUGAGCCAUCGGUUUUUAAUGGACCAGAGGUCACCAUGCACAAAGAUGCCAUGCACCAAGACUGGGAGCAUCGUGAUGUUCAUAACUUAUAUGGGCUUUAUGUGCAAAUGGCCACAGCUGAAGGUCAGAUCCAGAGAUCUGGAGGUGUAGAGCGUCCAUUCGUCCUUACCAGGGCCUUUUUUGCGGGAUCACAGCGCUUUGGUGCUGUGUGGACUGGCGACAAUGCCGCGGAGUGGGACCAUCUUAAGAUCUCUAUCCCAAUGUGCUUGAGCCUUGGCUUGGUUGGAAUUUCUUUUUGUGGAGCUGACGUGGGAGGCUUUUUCAAGUCUCCGAGCUCUGAGCUUCUGGUGCGUUGGUACCAAACCGGAGCCUACCAGCCAUUCUUCCGGGCACAUGCUCACCUGGACACGCCACGCCGGGAGCCAUGGCUCUUUGGUCCUGAGAACACUGCCCUGAUCCGUGACGCAGUGCGCCAGCGCUACACUCUGCUGCCCUACUGGUACCAACUGUUCUACCAUGCAUACCUAACUGGAGAGCCUGUCAUGAGACCAUUGUGGAUAGAGUAUCCUCAAGAUCCUGCUACUUUUGCCAUUGAUGAUGAGUUUCUCAUUGGAAAAGACUUGUUGGUGCAUCCUGUGACCGAGGAGGGAUCUAGGGGAGUCACUGCAUACCUGCCAGGGAAAGAUGAUGUCUGGUAUGAUGUCCAAACGUUCCAGAAGCACAACGGGGCCCAAAACCUUUACAUUCCUGUGACAAUGAGUAGUAUUCCAGUUUUCCAGCGUGGUGGUUCCAUUAUUCCAAGGAAGCUCCGUGUUCGCAGAUCAUCAACUUGUAUGGAAAAUGAUCCUUACACUUUAUACAUUGCCUUAAAUCAACAGAGAGCUGCAGAGGGUGAACUCUACAUUGAUGAUGGUCAUACCUUCAGCUAUCAAAAGAAGGAAUAUAUUCACCGGAGGCUUACAUUUUCCAACAACAACCUCUCCUCUGUAAACUUGAAUUCAGACAGCCAGUUUACUACUGCUUCUUGGAUUGAGCGCAUCAUUAUUAUUGGUGCCAGUAAGCCCAGCAAGGUUACACUUCAGACAGUUGAUGGCCAGGAGAGCACCAUUGAGUUUGAUUUUGAUGCCUCCAUGUCUGUGCUGACUCUCCGUAAACCGGGCAUGAAUGCUGGGGAAGACUGGAAGGUGAUGCUGCAGUAACCAUGGAGACAGCACUGAGAGAACAUGAGAAAAUGUCUGUGCAGAAGGAGACAGAAUGGCAGUAAGGGGACAGUAAAGGGUUGUACCAAACAAAAUCACAAAUGAGGCCAUAAUUCAUUUGUAAAAGAAACAUUGUUAUCAGAAAGUUGGUUAUCCUGAACUGUCUCUUCUCUUUUCUGUCCUUGUGUUCAGUCCCUACAAUUCCUAACAAAAUAGUGACUACUAGAUGUUUUUAGGUGAAUUUCAGAUAAAUUCUAUCAAAUCACAUUGACCCUGACGUAAAACAAAGGUCACUUUAGGUUUGUCAUUUCUAAUGAAAGCUUAUUCUUAAACUUCAUACUUCUGCUUGCUCAUAGGCUCUUUCAUUCCAAGCAUUUUCCAAAGCACUUAGUUUGUAAGCAAACAAUUCUGGAGUGUCUGUAAAUGCUCUUUAUGGAUGCAGUUUCUCCUGCCAGUAGGUUUUUACAUAAAUUAAAUGUGUGCUAUGACCAUUGCAGCAAAGCUCUUUUGUCUGACAAUAUAAAUUCUGGGAAUAAACCACUAAACCACAAUUCCAUAAAGCUUUUAAAGAAAUAAUUUUCCAACAUUGUUUACUAUAAUUUUAUAUUGCACUUGUGAAAUAUCAACAAAAGUUACUUAGAUCUGAAUAGUCUGCUGCUAUUUAAACCUGCAUUGGUUCUUUUUUAAAAUGACAUACAAAAUUAUGCACUGUUAUUGCAUUGUUUUCUAACCAUUAGAAUCUGAUUGUUUUGUCCAGUCCACUAUUUUAGGCAUCGUUUCAUCUUUAUCUCCAUGAUUUUAUGAUUGUGCACAUGUUGCUUCCAUUUUGUUGGAAAUUGUCUGAGAUAAGAACAACAGAAGUGAAAUUGAAAUGUAUUCUAAAAGAUGAGACCAAGAAAAAUAAAGUUGACCAAAUAAACAGUUGCCAUGUUA